UGCGGCCGGCCCUGCCUCUGCGUCUGCGAGCUCAACAUCUCGGUUGGACAGGGGUCGCUCAGAUUCGGGGUUUCCGGAUGUCCAUCGGUUCUCCUGAGAGGAUUUAACGUGCACGAGUGAAAGACACGAGUGUGGAGCUCAACAUGGUGCAGCUGUCUCCCUCCCCUACCCUGGAUGUCACCCCUCCACCUGAACACUCAGAGAGGCAGGGGGAAAGACAGGAGGACCCGGUGACCGCUGAUAGCCCGAAGCUGGGCUCGCCUGGUUGUCUGAGCGCCCUGCAGUUCAGCCUGGAGGCCUCCACUGCCUACCAUGGCUAUGAAAACUACAUAGAAGAUGGACUCAUCUGCCUCAAACACAAGGUCCGCAACUUGGAGAAGAAGAAGCUGAAACUCGAGGACUACAAGAACAGGCUGAACCGGGGCGAGGCAUUAAACAAGGAUCAGAUGGUGGCUGUAGAAAAGUAUGAGGAGGUGCUGCAUAACCUGGCAUUCGCACGGGAUCUGCACAAAACCCUGGGCAACUUGACUGAGAAUUUGCUGAGAGCCCAAAAGAAGGCAGUGAAGAAGGAGCAGGUGGCAAAGGCGGAGGUGGAAAGGAGGCGUCUGAGCACGGUGCUCCAGGUCCAGCACCUUCUGCACAGCCUGCAGCAGAAGCACAUCAGGAGAGACCUGCUGGCUGGACACAACCAGGCGCCCCACAUCCCCGCCCAGCAGCUGCAAAGCCUGAGUCAGCUCGCCACCCUGCUGGGAGUCAAGAGGGACAACAGACUGAGUUUAGAGGAGCAGAUGGAGCAUGCAGCUGUGGCAUACUUGGACCUGCUGGAGGGCAAAGACAAGCCUGUGGCUGGAUCCACAUUUCUGCUGUUGAAAGAGGAGCUCACCAGGCUGUUGAACUGCAAGUACUUCAAUUGUCUUCCACCUCCACCCACAAAGUCUCCAGAAGUGUUCCUGAGGUCAACCAGCCACUGCACCACAAACUCAAAUCCAAAUGAAGAUUCUAAGGAGUUUUUCAACAGACUGUACCUGACUGACAUGGAGACUCCUCCCACUCAGAAAUGGAAGGAGGACUUCCAGACCAUGAGGGAGCGGGAGCCUCCUGACUGCUGGGAUAUGGAGAUCGCAGAUGGACUCGCUUCCCCCCAAGCUACAGUUCACAAACCCUGGAGAGGAGCUGCCACUUUCAUCCCCAAAGUCCCAGUCCCCAUCAAGAAACGAUCUGCUGACUGCAAACAAAGAAAAGAGAGGCGAGCCAAAGCAGAGGAGCAUGGCAAGUCGGUAGUUCACAUGGAAAUGCCUGUGGAGGUUUUCAACUCGCCAUCUGCCUUACCCAAAGACCCCAUCCUGAGGAAGCGGCAUCUCGAGGACCUCAUAACAAAAAUCCACGGCUCCUUCAUUUUCAUGCAGGACUCUCUUCUGGAUGGUGAGAGCUCCCCCGCUAAUGGCCACCCCAGACUGAAGAGACGGCCGUCUGGAUCUCCCUCUCCUCUGGACUUGAGAAGCCCAGUUGCUGUCCUGCCCAAAGCAAUGCAUUCCACCCCCCUACCUACCAGGCUUACAGAGCGCAAAGCCAGUCUAACAAAUGGAGAUCAGUGCCUGGAGACCUGUGACCUGGAGCUUUCCUCAAAAGACCGAUCUCAUGAGCCACUGCAUUUGACUGAAAAAAGGUUUCCUUCACCGCCACUGUACCGUAGGGAGUCAACCAACUCUGUCAGUCUGGAGGAGAAGAGCCGUCCUCAGACACCGGUAACGGAGUCCGGGAAGCAGUCCCCCUGUACUACAGUGGCAUCUGGCACCUCCACCCCCCCUCAGGAACAGACUUUCUCUACACCUCCAUCUAGGCGAACUCUCACGUCAGCACAGUUUCAGAACAUCCAGUCAAUCUUCAAGGUGAAUGGCUCCUUGCCUCAGAACGGGGAGUUGAACUACAAACCAGAUUCGUCAGUUUUUGCUGAGCCCAGGUACAGCACUGCCAGUACCCAAACACCACCUGAGUUUGCGCCCUCAGAUGACGAACUACAGCCAGUGUACCAGUCAGGUUACACAGUGAGUAAUGCUGGACAGAUCUUCCUGUCCCCUGGCCAGUCGGGUGGAAGCGUUGGUCGACCCAGCCAGUCGUACUACACCAGAGGAUCUGCGAGAGGUAUGGCACGUGGCGGAAAGGGACUGGCACAAACCUUUCGCUCUUCUGGUUGGCAUCGAGGAGCAUCCUACAUCCCCCAGACUAAUUUCAGGGACUCUGGCCCUCUCCUCUAUGCUGCUAGAGACUCUGGAUACCAGCACAGCUACAGACGUGGGGGAGGAAGGCAAAACUCCAGCGCCUGGAGCGACUCUUCUCAGGUGAGCAGCCCAGAUCGGGAGGGAGCGUUUACACUUGUGGACUCGGGUCAUGGUGAUUCUCUGUCGGUCUCCACCGUGGAGGUCCCUCUCACUCCACACGGCCACCAUCACACCACCCUGCUUCCUAUGCAACUCUACCCACUCUCCCAGCCGUUACGGAUUGCUUUCACUGCCUCUCGCACCGCCAACUUCGCCCCGGGCAACCUGGACCAGCCCAUAGUGUUUGACCAGCUGCACAGCAACCUGGGGGAGAUGUACGACACCCACAUCGGCCGCUUCACCUGCCCCGUCAAUGGAACCUACGUAUUCAUCUUCCACAUUCUGAAGCUUGCUAUCAACGUGCCACUCUACAUUAAUCUCAUGCGCAACGAGGAGGUGAUGGUGUCAGCAUACGCCAACGACGGAGCCCCAGAUCAUGAGACGGCCAGCAACCACGCCAUCCUACCUCUCUUCCAAGGAGAUCAGGUGUGGCUCCGGCUACAUCGUGGUGCCAUCUAUGGCAGCACCUGGAAGUACAGCACCUUCUCGGGCUUCCUGCUGUACCAGGACUGAACCACCUUCUGUGUGGACUGUUUGCUUUGUAGUAAAUGGUGAUUAAACUGACAUUUCACUAUUGUUAGGCUGCAUGCCAGUGCUUUUUUUGUUUUUUUUCCCCCCACCACAAAGUCCACUCAUAAUGUAAGGUGUAUUGGUGGCCAAAUAGUAUGAUCUGUACUCAGCCACAAUCUACGUUAGAAAUGAGGAUUGUGACUGACUGACAUACACCAAAUGUGCUUAAUUCCCCAUGAAUAUGUAGUUCAUGAUGGUGGUGCUCCCUGUGACAUACUAAUGCAACUGGGCCUUGAUACGUCAUCCUGUAGUGAAUCACCUGUUCAGCCUGCAGGUCACUGAUUUCAGUGAACUCUUUAAAGCAGUGUUAUGAAUUUGUGCCUUGUUUUCUGAAUGGCUUUGGAUGACUGACCAGAUGUCAAACAGCUCGUGAAUGACUGGCUGAUUUAUCGGAUGAAUCAAAAUUGACUGUCAGCACUCUGCUUGAUCCCGGACUACUAUGCAUUCAGUCUCACCUUGCGGUGUAUGACUGUGAAGAUGAAGGAAAGAUUGUGUUGGUGGUGGGUAUGGUGUUGAACACUUAAGACCAAAUUGUUGCACUAAUGGACUACUUUGGAGAGAUGGAAGUGGUCCCUUGAUGUGCCUAAAUAAAACACGAGCAGUGAA